AUGAACCAUCAUCCCCCUCCUCUGCCGCAUGGGCAGCCUCCCAUGCCCCCUCCGCGGCGGCAGCAUGAGGUGCCAUACUCGUCAGCGCCUCCCAACGUCAGGUCGCCCGGCUACAUGGCCUACCACCACCCUCACCCGCACCCGCACGCACUCGGACACUCACACGGCCAUGCUCACGCCCACGGCCACGGACCAGUGCCCAUGCCGCCGCCGUACGGACCCCAGAACUUCCAGAACUGGUAUCCGUACCAGCAGAUGCCUCCUCACCCUCCUCCAAUGCAGCCAUACCCGCAGUACAAUGCCCCGUUGAUUGUUUGCUCAUACCCUCGGCCUCAACCUCCGAACCACGCGCCACCUCCACCACACAUGUCUCCAGCCCUCCGGACGCAGUCCAGCACCCCCAUUACAUCUCACCCGUCAGCCUUCUCGCCUACGCCUCCCGUUUCCUUGUCUACGCCGGCAAUCACCGAGCCACAGGAGGACCAGUCCACGCAGUAUCCUUCAACGCGGUCCGGCAGCGAGGUGGGCAGCAAUACCUCGACCAAUGCCUCAACCAACAACAGCGCACGCCCUACACCCCCUCCAAUCACUGCCAGAAGAGCAGAGGCUCGGUCAGGCGUAAGACAGGUAUUCCAACCUCCACUCCCUUGGCUGUCCGUUCCAGAAGCUCCGUUCCCUUCCAAGCCUCCACGACGUCGCCGUAAGAACCGUGUUACUCAACCUUCAUCCCUCGCAGUCGAAUUGCCUUCCAAGGACGAGAACGAAGCCGAAGACACCGAGCCGCAAGUGAACAAUGUUGAAGAGCAACCAUCUAAGCCCGCCUCUGUUCCUCAGCCUGAACCGGAUACCCCAUCUCUACCUCCGGCCACCACCACCACCCAACAAACUCCAGUGCACGCCCGUCAGGCUAGCACUGCAAGGGCAGGUGUUCCGGUCGUCCCCGUGGUCCCGUUGCUUUCCCAAAGCCCGUCAGCCUCUAAACAGUCAAAACCUACUAUUCAGUCUACUCCUGAGAAAGCGGGUACAGCCGAGGCAGCAGCACCACCAGUCAUUGAAAACGGAUGUGCUCCAACCGAGGACGAGUCUCAGCCGCCAGCAUCUUCUGAUACUAAUAGCAAUGAAACCCCGUCUCCAGCGGCUCAACGGGCUGCUCCAAAAUCUUGGGCGGAUCUUGUUCGCUCAAAGGCCGCUGCAAAGCAAGCGGCUGCCGCUUCUCCCCAAGCCGGCGCCUUGGCGCUCACGAGGGGCGAAUCUUUGGCCGAAGCACUCAACAGCUUUGGCUCGAACGUUGAUCAAUAUAGCGAAAAAAUUGCUUUCUUAGAACCUCGUGGCCUUGUAAAUACGGGAAAUAUGUGCUAUAUGAAUUCUAUUCUACAAGUUUUAAUCUUUUGCGUUCCAUUUUAUGAAUUUCUUGAUCAGAUUGGCCGUCGUGCGGCCCAUAGCUUCAAAAGUGACAGUCCUUUAGUGGAUGCUAUGAUUAUGUUUCUACGGGAAUUCAGGGUUAUUGAUGCGGCAUCUUCGGUGGAAAAAUUAAGGCUUCGGUUGAAACAAAACGAAUUGGAGGAGUACGGUGAAUCUUUUAUUCCAGAAUAUGUUUAUCAAGUUAUUCGACAUCUCCCACGUUUUAGGGACAUGAGACGCGGUCAUCAACAAGACGCCCAGGAAUUCCUAGGCUUCCUCCUCGAGGAGCUCCAUGAUGAAUGUCUUCUCGCCACUAAGAACGCCAUGGCGGACAAGUCUGACGUUUCUACUUCUUCUGAUGUGGAUUCUCAAUCCAUUGCAGACGACUCUACUGGUGAUGGGUGGCUGGAGGUUGGCCACAAACAGAAGGCGUCAGUCACCAGAUCAUCGGGGGACAGCUCCGGAGAGUCUCCCAUUACCCGGAUUUUUAGCGGCAAAAUCCGGUCUGAAUUCAGAGUGCCUGGAAACAAAAAUUCAGUAACUCUUGAGCCUUAUCAGUCACUUCAACUUGACAUCGGAUCUCCUCAGGUGAACAACAUCAUCGAUGCGCUUAAGGGUCUUACCAAGCCUGAAACCAUGCACGGAGACUUCCAAUCAUCUCGUGGGCCCAAAGUCAAUGCUACCAAGCAAGUCUUCAUUGAAAAGCUACCCCCAGUCCUCAUCCUUCACCUCAAGCGUUUCCAGUAUGAUAAUGUCACCAAUGGCACGCAAAAGAUCUGGAAGAAGAUCGGCUACCCACUUGAGCUUGAGAUACCCAAGGAGGUCUUCCCCCCACAUCGUCGCAAUGCGCUUUCUGCCCAAAAUGGUAGCCUCCCUAAGUACCGCCUCAUUGGAGUUAUCUAUCACCACGGCAAGAGCGCAAGUGGGGGACACUACACCGUUGAAGUGCGCCGACAGGAUGGACGUGAAUGGGUCCGUUUUGACGACACCUACAUCCGUCGUGUACGAAGUGAAGAAGUAGCUUUUGGCGGCAGCGAGGAGGAUCCAAAACUGCUCUCUGCCGCGCUCGAACGCCACAACAACUCUACCGACCAAAUUUCCAGCAAUAACAUCUACGACCAAUUUGACGCUGACGAGCACGACCACCCGGAUAACGGGAGAGGUUGGAGCCAAGUUAACGGCUCUGGCUCGGGCAGCCACUCUAGACAAAAGUCUAUGGCCGCAGCCGCAGCCGCCGCUGCAGCUGCCAGCGGCAACGCCUCGCCUAAGGCCGAUUCCGGAAAAGGCACCCCCACAGCAUCCAGCAGCGCCCGUUUCGGCUCUUCUCGAGAUAACAAAGUUGCGUAUCUCCUGUUUUACCAGCGUAUUCACAGCGCUUAA